AUGGCCAACGACGCAGGCGUUCCCGCUCAGUACCGGCCCAUGCGCGAGGUGCUGAACGUAGAGGGCUUGCGCACGAUGCUCGACAUCUUCAACAACUGCAUCCACUUCCUGGGCCCGGGCGACGCCGCGAUUCAGCUACCCCCAGGCACGAGGACGUGCAACCUGGAGAACUCGGAGAGUGGACAUUUGAUGCUGCCG